AUGUGCACCAGCAGCCAGAUUAUUGGGAGCCUCUUGGUGCUCUCUGUGCUGGAGAUAGGGCUGGGGGUGUCCAGCGUGGCCGUGGGGGCAGUCAGCUUCAGCCUGGCCCUCCGAGAGCACAAGCCGCAGCUUGGAGACUCGUCCCCGUUUCUUCUUUGUGGCAUAUGUGGAAUAUUGUGCGCCAAAAAAAAAUCUGGACUUGUCAUGAUCCUCUUUUCUGCCUGCUGCAUCUGUGGACUCAUUGGGGGCAUCUUGAACUUUCAGUUCCUUCGGGCAGUCACGAAGAAGACCUCCUCCCUCUAUCCCCUGCAUCUCGCCUCCAUGUCUCUGGCGUGCAUCGGGAUUGGGGGCUGCACCCUCUCCUCGUGGCUCACUUGUCGGCUGGCCAGCUAUGAGCAGAGGAGGAUGUUCUCAGAGAGGGAGCACUCCCUGCAUCACUCUCACGAAAUGGCUGAGAAAAGAUUGAGGGCUAUUGAAAUAACCGACUUGCCCAGCCGCCCGGUGGUGCCCCCGACACCAGAGUUACCUACAAGGAAAUGACAGACAACAUGAGCAAUGGAGGACCACAGCUGAUAUUUAAUGGAAGAGUAUAAUCAAUGUUUUAAAGAAUUGAACAUUUUUAAAGACUUUCACGAGGCAAAGAAAUACCAAAGGACUAGGAGAUAAGUUAAAACAGUUCUUGCAUUUGCUGUUCUCUCUCCUUAGUACUUACUAAAAUUAUUCUUCUUUAAUUUUGCCUCACUUUAUUUAUUCAGCUUGUUUUUACUGGUGAAAAACUUUCCAGAAAUGUUCUAGUAUAGUAAUUUCAACCAACUUUCCAGAUUGUUCUAAAAAAGACUUCUCAGGAAAAGAAAAAAAAAAAGGAAUAGAUAAAAUAGAAAGAUUCAUAUUCUACACAACACUAUUUGACUAGCAUGAGUAUUAGAUUUGUAAUGACAUAUUUCACAUAAGUAAUUAAAAAGUGCAAAUAUCAAGAAAUAACAAUUCAUUGAUGUCUUUGUUCUGAAAGACGAUGGCUUCAAAGAAUGCCACAAUUUAAAACCUCAGCAAUGCCUUGUUAUAAAAACAUUGUAAUUAUUUUCAAUUUGUGAAUGAACUAUAUUUCAUAAUUUCUUUGUAAAUUACCAAAAAAUCUAAAACAUAAAAAAGAGGUUUUUUAAGAGAGACAAUAUUAAUCUGUAUGAUAUUUUUGCAUUUUUCCACAGAGUGAAAAGCUAUAAAUUAAUAUAAUUUAAGGAAAAUGAAUGUUUUGAUUAUACUGUGUUGAUUGAUGGGCAUGUUCAUGAAUGAGCCUAAGAAUAAAAUAAAGUAUGUGUGUGUGUGUGUAUAUACUGUAAAUAUAGAAAUAUAUACAGCACAUAAUUAUUUAUAGCAUUCAUGAAUGUAAAUAAGUGGUAGAAAAGAAAUUGUGAUGUUGUGGGGAUAUUAUCAAGAUUCUAUUCCCACAGAAAUGGGAAAGCAAUUGUUCAAGGCUUUUCUAUGCCCACAAAGUCACAUUUAAUUUCUACUAAAUUUUUUCAGUUUUCUUUAUUAUGUCUGCUGUGUGUAAAUAUCAUUGUGGCUGAUAUUUAUGGAGUUAAGUGAUCUGAAUAGUGUAGUAUCAGGACAGACUGCUUAAUUAUUUGGCUAUUUUACUGUUAUGGUAUUUAUGUAUGAAUAAUUAUUAAUAUUGAUUUAUAAACAUAACUUUAAUUCAAAUACUUCCACAUUUAUGGACAGAAUGACUUGCAAUUAUUAAUGUCAUUUGCAUUUCAAACACUUUACAGCCCAAUUACAUUACAUAAAAGGAUAGAUGAUGUAUGCCCAAAAGAUGAAGUUACAGAUAGCUUUGUUAGCAUUUAAUUUAGGUUUUUUGGUUUUGUUUUACAAUUCACAUGGAAAAAUAAAGACAGACCAUUUUUUAAGAAAGCCUAUAUCCAAAGAACCUGAAAGAGUUCUCUGUAGAAGCAAAUUAAAAGGUAGGCUUACAUUUAUAUAGCCAGAUUCAAUCUUUCUCUUCCAUAAUGGAAUGUUAAAAUAGUAACCUAUGAUACUACAUACAGGCGAGAAAAUAGCAUGGUCUCUGAAAAUAUUUAUGAGAAUAUAACUUGUGGCAACAGAUAAAGAAAAUAUAUACAUAUUAAAAUAUAUAACUCUCACUGUAUUAUACACUUUUAUUUUCCCCCCAAGCUAAUCAGUUUUCAAGUCAUUUUUUAUGAGUUACUUACUGAAUGACAGGUAAAUUAACACCUUUAAUCUCCAGUAUGAAAACUGUUAUAAUUUAGAAGCAAAAUAUAGGUUUUAAUUGUGCUAAAAAAUAAAAAUAAUGCCAGUUAAUGGAAAUCUGAAGGUCUUUUAGUUUUAGAACAACUUGAUCAUCACCUACCCUAUUUAAAUCAGCUUAUAAAAAAUCUGGUUGUAUAUGUUAAAAAGAAAUGACUGGACUGUGGUUGUUUCAUGUAGUUCUUUAAGUCUCCCAGCUCAUAUGAAUAACUUC